AACACGCAAUCUACGUUCUAGAGUCAUCACAGCCAUGGAAAUACUUGCACGCUUGGCCACGGUCAUCCUGACCUUGACUACCUUUUUCAUCCCAUCGAAGGCUAUACCGGUUGAACCUGAACUCAGCAAGCACGAGACUACGGCCGCCGAUGAAUAUAUGAGUGCAGGCCUUGCAUGUAGGCGUGCUUGAUGCAUUGCAAUUAACUGCGAAGUUCAAACCGUUUAAUGCCGAUAUCAUCAGUCUCGUGAGUCGAAUCCAGGGUUUGGGGUGUCAGCUUGGGACUAGACAGACAUGCGCAGUUACAGUAUAUCGUAAAAUAAAGACCGAU